AUGGAUAUGAAGAAGAUGAAGUGGUUUGGUUCAAGAAACGAAGCACGUUUAGGUAGGAGCUACACAACAAAGCCACAGACUCAUCAUAGCAGCAAUGACAGAAGCAAGAAAACAGUGUGGCAGAAGAUUUGGAGAAAGGUGAAAAGAGAUAAAAAGAAAGUUUUCAAUUAUGCUUCUUCUUCUGGUUCUGCUUCUAGGGUGGAUAUUGAUGGUGUAUGUUAUGAUGAAGAAACAUAUUCAAUGAACUUUGAUCAAGGAACAGGGUGGAUGGAAGCAGAUAAUCUACCACGGUCAUUUUCAGCUCGGUAUGCCGAUCCAUCUUGGAUUUUACCUCCUAAACUUUUAUUGGGUCGAUGA